AUGCCUACCAUUACCUUGCGCAUUCCUCUGCCUCACGGCCCGUCGCCUGUCGCUGCCAUCAAUGCCAGUGCCGACAUUGACAAAGGCCCAGCAACUUCCCGAGCCCCAACCAAGAGAUCGCCCGCAACCCAGUCCAACGGGUACACACACGCCCCACGCUCUCACGUUCCUCAUUCGCACCAUCCCCCUCCUCCUCCCACCGCAUCCUCAUCCUCCACACCCACCACCACCACCACCACCACCGUCUACUCUCCCAAGAGGCUCCGACUCACCAUCAACCCGCGCAAGGCGAUCGAUACCCCUAUGAACGACCCAAACGGCAGUGAUGAGGCCCUUGACCACAUCCUUUCUGCUACGGUCUACUCCCGCACCGGUAAUAACUACCGCGCAAUCAGCCCUUGUGGCCAGUGUCGCGCCACGCGAAGCCAUUGCUACAUCGCCCCCUUCCAGAAGGAGACUGCAGACGACGGCAGUGUGGUCUACGUUCGACCUGCAUGCCGUGGGUGCAUUGCGAAGGCCGGUGGCGACAAGUGCUCCCAUAAAGGCAUCGCCUUGGUCUGGGACAAGGUCUCCAAGAAGGUUACGUUCACCGCACCCCGCAAGAGUCGCUCGAGUGUGCAGGUUGGGGAACCCGAGCUCCCCAAAGUCACUCUCUCGACUCCUAAACGUCGUCACUCUACUGUACCCGAGUCGUUGCCAUCAGAAGUCCCACACAAAGAAGUGGCAACCGAGAACGACACACGUCCUCAAGCGAACCCUUCUGCACUCAAACGUCGUCGUUCGGCUUCACGCAAGUCCUUGUCCGCUGUGAACACUGUCACUGAGACGGAUGAGGUGGAGGCUUUGCCUGGGCCGUCUGCAGACGACCAGGCCACGGCAGAGAAUGCUUCUCCCUCCAAACGUCGUCGGGCACCGCGCAGGAUAUCGCGCAAGAAGAUUAUGUCGGCGGAGACUGUCGAAUCCGAGUCCAAGGACACCGAGCCUGCCGGGCCUUCCUCGGCACCUACGCCCCCCUCCAAGAAGUCACGCCGGAUUGUUUCCCCGGAAGUUGACGAGUCCGACGAGAGGCCCGAGCCCAAACAUGUUGAACACCAGCACCCCGACCCAGCCUCAGCAGUGUCUACUGGUUCCUCCUCGUCAACGAAGAUGGACCAUGCCUUCCCCCUUGUGCCCCACCUCGAACUGGACAUUGUUUCUGAGACUGGAGACACGCCUCCGACGGCGUCGUCCCCAACGACACCGUGCGCCUCAUGUAACAGCCUACCCGACCACGAGCUUCUUACUCCAGCUCAGAUCCACCAGUCGGCCCGCGCACACAACAUGACCGAGACCGAAAUUAUACAGCAGAUGGACAAGGCUCUCGCCGAAUGUGAGCGCCACAGAGACCACAUGGAGCAAGACCAUAAGAACCUGUGGGACCAGGUCGAACUCUUGACCAUUAAGGUGGCGUCCGCCGAGACGUCAUUGUUCAAGUGGAUCCCUCCCGAGUUUGACGAGCCUGCCUCUUCCCCCGACGAUGAUGGCACAUCACCUCCUGCCUACCCCUUGGUGCCCAUCCCCGACCGCCCCCUUGACCCCGAACGGCUCCUUCGAGAGACUGUCCGUCUUCGUCGCCUGAACUCGCACCUUGGGACGCGCAACGAGGUCCUCGAAGCAGCGAACAUGCAGCUGCGAGGUGGAUCCGAUAGCGACGAUAUCGAGCAUGAGGAACCCGCACCCUCAGUACCAACAAAAGCGACUUUCUGCGACCGAGGUACUUCCACUACCACGGACGCUGACAAGGCCCAAGCGUGGGAAAAGGAAAGGUCCGCUCUUCUCGCCAGGGUGGCCGCCCUCGAGGUCCAAAAGGUCAAGGCCGAGCGCACCGUCACGCAAGCCGACAACGUUCUAGCCGAGAAUGCUGGUCUGAAGCAAAGCAACGAGACGCUCCAAAAGUGGUUCAACGAGUCUCAGGAGACGGCGAAACAAGUGCGCCCCCUCAAGUCGGAAAACUUCAUGCUCGAGGGCCAGGUCGGCGACCUCAAACAGAAGCUGUCCGAGUGCAACGACCGAGUGGCCGAGCUCACGGCAGAACUGGCGCAAUGCACGCCAGAGGUCAAAGAGCUACGCCUUGCCCUCGCCAACAACAAGGUGUCUUCUCAGAACAGUAUGGGCCACCUGCGCGCGAGGUUUGACGGGUUUGACGAUUUGAUCGCGCUCAUUGUCGGUGGCGGACAAGCGGCUCUCGGCGUCGCCUUUGAGGAGCUAGCCCGCGUCGCCAGUCUGGAGCCAUCUGUGGGUACGUCAUCUACCACCCCAGAAGACCCUCUUCGCUUUCACUGCGCUGCUAUCAUGGAGACCUUGUCUCCAAGCGACCUUGCCGAGCUGGAAAGCGCUCUCAAUUCGCUAGCUGGUGCCGUCAAGAAGCAAGAGGCGCUCUUCUCGCUCAAGAAGCUCGACCAGAUGGAGAAGGACCUGGCUGCCGCUCAACAGAAGGAGUCUGCCAGCCAGCAGAUGCUGGCGCGGAGCGAGUCGUCGUCGGCCCUUGCCAUCCGUGCCGCCAACGACGAGAUUGCUCAUUUGAAGGCGAACGUGGCGUCGUUACAGAAGAUGACUGGCCCGAACCUCGACAGCAACCGUCCAUACACGACGGCUACCAAGGAGUCGACGCUCAUCGACGAGCUCACAGCGUUCAAAGCCACUUCCACAAACCGCAUCACGGAGCUUGAGCGCUCGCUCCAGGUCGCCAAGGACAGGCUAGGCUUGACCGAAUCAGCGUGUAGGGACGCCAUGGGAGAGCUUUCAGAAACCAAAUUCGCCCUCGGCCUCGCCAAUACCCAGCUUAACCACAUCCAGCUCGAUCUCGCCAAGAACAACGACGAGCUUGAUGCUGCCGUUAUCACCGAGUCCAAGCUCCGCGACGCUGUCGCCAGCCUCGAGGAACAGUUGAACGACGCCACGCUGGGUCAUCAAUUCGCUCAGGGCCAAGUGGACGACCUCGAGAAUGACAUUCGCAGCCUCCUUCAAGAGUGCAAUGCGAUCGAGAGCCGAGAAACAGUUCUGAAGAGGGACCUGGACGAAUGUGUGCGUGAACGCAACGCUGCCCGGCGCCAAGAGCAAACCCUCAAGGAUGAGCUCAACCUCCGCGACAACGCCAUCAGCGGUUUGAUGGAGCGCAAAGCCACAGACGACCAGAUUUCUCGUGAAGCACUCAAGGCUGCUACUCUGCGACAGGAGGCGGAUGACAAGAGAAUUGUCAGACUCAAGGAGACGAUCAAGAACCUGUGCGAGGAGCGCCGGCUGCGGUCCCCUGGACUGCCUAAACCUGCAGAGUCAAGUGUCCCGAUGGAGUCUCCCGGUUCGCGCGAGUCGGAAGAUGGCAGUGAAGUGUCGCGCGAUCUCCUCGUCACGGACGACACGGCCUCCCGCUCGCAGCUCGACCCCAUGCAUGCCGAGUUGCAGGAGGAAAAGAUUUCCAAGCAACUCGUACUCCAUGCCGCUAAAACCCGCAUUACGGAGCUGGAGGCCACGGUCGCGCAGCUGAAUUCCGACACGCUCGCAUCGCGUAUGACACGUGUCCGCGAGUUGAACCUCCAGCUCGCUAACAUCAAGCUCCAGCACGAGCAGGACAUUGAGCAAGAACGCGCCAAGGCGCGCCUCGAGAUGGACAGUCUCAAGAAGCAAAUGAGCGAGCUUCCCAGUCAACAAGAACGCGUCAAGUUCGAGACUGAGCUUGCCAGCAUCAAGAAGCAGGCCGAGGCGACGGCCAAGGCGACCGCGGGCACAAUCACGCAGCUCCAGGAUCGUGGGUCGAGUGACACGAACAAGAUUGCCCAGCUGGAAGGCGAGGUUCGCGCACUCAAGGCCCGUCACUUGCAAGCCGUCCAGGACCUCGAGGACCGUAACCGCAGCGUCGAGGACGACUUGCGUUCGCAGAUCGUCAAGCUGUCGCGGGAACUGGAAAAGUUGUUGCGCAAUGGCGAGACGAUCAAGUUGCGCAACGUCGAGGGGAAGCUGGCCAUCAGCGAGGGCAGGUACACCCAGUCGCAAGGUAUGCUGCGCGACGCCCAAGCCGCCAAGGCCAAGCUCUCCGACGAGGUGGAUUCGCUGCGCCGUGACCUAAGCGAUGCCAAAUGGGAUAAAAAGGACCUCCAAACCGAGGUGCACGAGCUCAAGGACAAGCUGCGCGAUGCGGUCAACACGAACCACAUUCUCAACGCCAACCGCGAGAAUGUGCGUGGUCUGGUCCCUUCAACCUCUUCCGGCACGGGUUCGACGGCACAAGGUGGAUCCAUACCCAUGGGAUCUCCUCCUGUCCCCACCGCCGACCAAACGCAAGUCCGCGUCCUCCGUGCAGAGCUCCAGAAGAAGACCGACGAGCUCACAACCAAGACCACCGCUCUCGAGUCGUUAAACUCGCGCGUCAAGCAGAUACAAGACAAUUUCGGCACCCAAACAUCGCAGGACGCCAAGCACAUCGCCGAGCUGCAGGGCCAAGUCGCCUCCCUCCGCCGCGAAGUGUCCAUCCUCAAGUCGUUUGGAAGUGGGCCCGAAGCCUGGGUGGAGCGCGAGACGCGCGCGCGCGCGGCCAACGGCAGUGCUCCGGGUAGCCGCACCAGCAGCCGCAGCGGCGGCAGCGGGGUGAAGGUCAAGACGGAGAUACUCGAGCGUCUGGACCAGGCCCACGCGUCGACCAGUGUGAUGUACGUGCCGUCGCGUACGCCCACGCCCAGAAUUGAAGAGUCGUGGACGCCCGGCAGGAACAGUAGUGGCAGUGGCAGUAGGCCUACUGCGGCGUAG